UCGAUAGCGUGACUGUCUACGUUAUACAUACAUGCAUUCAUUUCAGCCGGCUAGUAUAGAAAUUGAUAAAAAUCAUUCCGGCUGACAGACUGUGCAUGCAUGAGAAAUUAAAGGCGGUUUCUUUACAACCGUUUGCUAUAAGGUGUCCCGGUUUCGUCAACCGCGUAAUAAAUAAUUGUUACUAUUAUUUUAUUGAUGCUUUUGGAAUUGACAGUACGGCGAGAAGAAACUAGGAAAUACAAGAUAAACUCCGCUCGUCCUGAUUUAAAACCAAGUGAUAUUUUCGUGUACUUUUUUGUGCGCGAGUGUGUGCGUGUGUGUUUACUAAAAACUUGCGUUAAACCGCGACUAGUGUCAACGCGACAGACUUUCAGCUGUGAGGAUCAGCUACGUCAUCACGAUCCCAAAAUGUUGGGAAAACUACGAUAUUAAGGAGCCAAAAGUCUCCUAGAAUUUCAUCAAGGAAGACCGGAGGUGCGAGACACCUUGAAAAUAGCAGAUAUGGGGGAAAUACUUGGCUCGGCAAGUUUCCUUCACAACGGAGACAUCGUCAGCCUUUACGCGGAAGGAAAUGUGUGCGGUUUUCUAUCCACUCUUGGCCUCGUAGACGACAGAUGCGUCGUGUGUCCGGAGGCUGGGGAUCUCACCAAUCCUCCGAAAAAAUUUAGAGACUGCCUCUUUAAAAUAUGCCCCUCGAAUCGUUAUUCUGCUCAAAAACAGUUCUGGAAUGCAGCUAAGCAGAGCAGUAGUUCCAGCACUGACGCUGUAUUAAUCAAGAGACUUCACCAUGCAGCGGAGAUCGAGAAAAAACAAAAUGAAAGUGAACAUAAGAAAGUUAUGGGCUCGGUGGUCGCUUAUGGUAACGUUAUUCAGCUUCUGCAUCUCAAGUCGAACAAAUUCUUGACUGUGAAUAAAAGGCUGCCAGCAUUGCUGGAAAAGAACGCGAUGCGGGUUUACUUGGACGCGAAUGGAAACGAGGGCUCCUGGUUUUACAUAACUCCGUUUUACAAGCUGAGGAGCGACGGAGACAGUGUUGUAGUCGGCGACAAAGUUAUCAUGGAGCCCGUCAAUGCUGGGAGGCAAGGAUUACACGUAGCCGCCAAUUACGAACUCAGUGAUAAUCCAGGCUGCAAGGAGGUGAAUGUUGUCAACUCGUCAACUUCGUGGAAAAUUCAACUUUUUAUGGAACACCGUGAGAAUCAGGACGAGAUAUUGAAGGGCGGCGAUGUUGUGAGGCUCUUUCACGCCGAGCAAGAAAAAUUUCUUACUAUGGACGAGUACAAGAAGAAACAACACGUCUUUCUGAGAACCACGGGAAGGACUAGCGCUACCGCUGCCACCAGCAGCAAAGCUUUGUGGGAAAUAGAGGUCGUUCAACACGAUCCUUGCAGGGGUGGCGCAGGACACUGGAACUCGUUAUUCAGGUUCAAGCAUUUAGCUACCGGACAGUAUCUUGCUGCCGAAGUGGACACGGAUGAACCACGAGAAAUGGCAUCAGGCAAGCGUGAACCAGGAGGGCAGAUUUAUCGGCUAGUAUCUGUUCCGCACAGCAACGAAAUCAGUUCGUUGUUCGAAUUGGAUCCAACCACUUUGACCCGGGGCGACAGUUUGGUGCCUCACUCGUCGUACGUUAGGCUGCAUCACAUAUGUACGAACACUUGGGUCCAUUCUACGAGUAUACCGAUUGACAAGGAUGACGAGAAACCUGUGAUGUCGAAGGUUGGAUGCGCGAUAAACAAGGAAGACAAGGAAGCCUUUGCACUUAGAUCUGUUACUCCCGUAGAAGUUCGUGACUUGGACUUUGCUAACGAUGCUUGCAAGGUUUUGGCUGCAAUGAGCGUUAAGCUGGAAAGAGGGACUAUCUCACAUAACGAGCGACGAGCUGUGACCAGUCUACUUCAAGACAUAGUAUAUUUUAUAGCUGAGCGAGAAAAUGAACAGAACAAAUCCGAGGCUUUGGAACUGAUCGUCACAAACGCUGGACGAGACAGACAAAAACUCCUCAGAGAGCAGUACAUUUUAGGACAACUGUUCAAGAUUCUUCAAGCUCCCUUUCUCGAAUCUGCUGCUGGGGAAGGACCAUUUCUUAGAAUAGAAGAGCUCAAUGAUCCCAGACACGCUCCGUAUAAAUAUAUGUUUCGAUUAUGUUAUCGUAUUCUAAGAUUAUCGCAGCAGGAUUACAGGAAAAAUCAGGAAUACAUCGCCAAGCAUUUUGCUUUCAUGCAAAAGCAAAUUGGUUACGACAUACUCGCAGAGGAUACGAUAACUGCGCUGCUGCACAACAAUCGAAAACUCCUCGAGAAGCACAUAACGGCGGCAGAAAUCGAAACGUUUGUUGGACUGGUUAGAAAGAAUAUGUACAACUGGGAAUCGCGUUUUCUCGACUACUUAUCUGAUCUCUGUAUAUCUAACAAGAAGGCUAUUGCCGUUACUCAGGAAUUGAUAUGCAAGAGCGUUCUGAGUACCAAGAAUCAAGAUAUACUCAUCGAUACUCGAAUACGGAACAUGCCUGUCGAAGUAGAAGUACCUUACGACAGAGAUGACAACGAAGAGUCACAAAUAACUAUAAUGGAAGAAUUGGAAGUUUUGCUAGCUUGGAAAAACGGGGAGAGAUCCAUGGAAACAUCCCUUGUAGAAUUGUCAAGGGAUGCAAAAAUGGGAAAUGUCGAAGCUGCCGCUAUAUUAGACUACUACAGGCAUCAGCUGAACUUGUUCAGCAACAUGUGUCUAAACAGACAAUACUUGGCUCUGAAUAAUCUGUCCCCUCAUUUGGAUAUCGAUUUGAUUUUGAAAUGCAUGGCGGACGAGGCUGUCCCGUAUCGAUUGCGAGCUUCCUUUUGUCGGCUGAUGUUGCAUCUCCAUGUCGACAGGGACCCUCAAGAGCCAGUGACACCGGUAAAAUAUGCUCGAUUAUGGUCAGAAAUACCACCGAGAAUGAGUAUAAACGACUACGAUACAAACAAAACACCGGAUCAGAACAAGGAAGCUGUUCGUGCGAAAUUCAGCUCGACCAUAAUGUUCGUCGAAGAUUAUCUCUGCAACGUAGUUGCAAAGAUGUGGUCCUUUGCCGAUCAGGAACAAAAUAGGCUGACAUUUGAGGUUGUUAAAUUGGCUCGAGAUUUGAUAUACUUUGGAUUCUACAGUUUCAGCGAUUUGUUGAGAUUGACAAAAACGUUGUUGAGUAUUUUGGACUGUGUAUCGGAGAACGAUUUCAACGAUGGAAAAAUACCUACAGGUGAAAUUCACUCUGAUUGUGAGAAUACGGAGUUGGCGGAAGAAGCUGAAGGAGGAGUUCUGCGAUGCAUCGGAGACAUGGGGGCGGUGAUGACCAGCCUGACUCUCGGUCCUGCCGGUCAGGUACUGACGGGAGCAUCCUCGCCCCGUCCGAAACCAAGCAUGAAGACAGAGUAUCCGUUGGUUAUGGAUACGAAACUGAAGAUAAUCGAGAUCCUGCAGUUCAUUCUGGACGUCCGUUUGGAUUAUAGGAUAUCCUGUCUUCUCAGUAUAUUCAAGUGUGAAUUUGACGAGACUGAGAAAACGUCAGCAGAUUUGAGCAUUCGUCAAAAAGAGAUUAACUUGGAAACAAUCGGUUCCCAAGCAGAGGGAAUAUUUGGCAGUAGCGAGGAGUGCGCAGUACUGGAUCUGGACGGUCAAGGCGGACGAACGUUUCUGCGAGUUUUGCUUCACUUAGCCAUGCAUGAUUAUCCGCCGCUAGUUUCCGGUGCUCUGCAUCUGCUCUUCAGACACUUUAGUCAGCGACAAGAAGUCCUGCAGGCUUUCAAGCAGGUCCAACUUUUGGUAUCCGACAGUGACGUCGAGUCUUAUAAACAGAUUAAAUCCGAUCUGGACGUUCUACGACAGUCUGUAGAAAAGUCAGAGCUUUGGGUUUAUAAGUCGAAAGCUACCGAGGAACAUACUAGUAAAAAGAAAAAAAACAACAAAGACGAAGAAGAGGAAAGCGCCGCACCAAGGAAAGCUCCUCCACAUUUAUCCACAACUGAUAAAAAGGGUUCCGCCAUUGAUCUAGAUGUUGGACCGCCCUUACAUCCCGAGCAAGCCGAAGAGUACAAAAAAAUUCAACAAAUAUUGAUCAGGAUGAAUAAAUUGUGCAUUCAAGCGCUUCCCGGGGGUCAGGUUAAAGCUAGGAAGCACGAGCAAAGACUUUUACGUAACGUCGGUGUGCAUACUGUCGUUUUGGACCUGCUUCAGGUUCCUUUCGACUCUAAAGAAGACGUCAGAAUGAACGAACUUAUGCGCCUCGCUCACGAUUUUCUUCAAAACUUUUGCCUGGCCAAUCAGCAGAAUCAAGCAUUGCUCCAUAAACAGCUUGACUUGUUCCUGAAUCCCGGUAUCAGGGAAGCGCAAACUGUUUGUAGUAUAUUCCAAGACAAUUCAACGCUGUGCAAUGAAGUGAAUCCCAAGGUGAUACAGCACUUUGUUCAUUGCAUUGAAACCCAUGGAAGGCACGUACAAUAUCUGAAGUUUCUACAGACUAUCGUCAAGGCUGAAAAUCAAUUUAUAAGAAAGUGCCAGGAACUCGUUAUGCAAGAGCUGGUUCAAGCUGGCGAAGAUGUCUUAGUUUUCUACAACGACAAAGCGUCGUUCAAUCAUUUUGUCGAAAUGAUGAGAUCGGAAAGGCAUCGCAUGGACGAGAGUAGUCCACUUAGGUAUCAUGUUGAAUUAGUGAGACUCUUGGCUUGCUGUACAAUGGGGAAAAAUGUGAAUACAGAAAUUAAGUGCCACAGUUUACUUCCCCUCGACGAUAUAGUUGUUAUGGUAUCGCACCAGGACUGCAUACCAGAGGUGAAGGACGCUUACAUAAACUUUUUGAACCACUGUUACAUCGAUACUGAGGUUGAAAUGAAGGAAAUCUACACCUCGAAUCAUAUGUGGUCUCUUUUUGAAAAAUCAUUCAUCGUUGACAUGGGAGUCAUUGCCGCAGCAACUCAUGAUCGACGUCAUGCUGAUAUUGCGCUAGAGAAUUAUGUUACCACUGGUUUGAUGAACGUAAUUUCGACCUUCUUCAACAGCCCGUUUUCCGAUCAGAGCACAACUGUGCAGAAACACCUCAAGGAGGCCAGACUUUUUUGGAGUUUAACGGAGUGCGAUACGAACAGUGAUAAUAACGUUGACGAUUACGUGAGUAACAUGACACGCCAGCCGAUAUUCAUACAGUUGUUACACGCCGCGUUGAAAGUAUAUCAGUGCUCUUGGCUUAAUUCUGGUCAACGAUUCAACGUUGAAAAUUGCAUAAGAAUCUUGUCGGAUGUUGCCAAAGGCAGAGGGAUCGCCAUACCGACAGACCUCGAAGGUCAGGUCGCGUCAAUAUUCAACAAGGCAGCGAUGCUGAGUAGACAAACUAGCAAGUGGCUUCAGGCUGCGAAGCAACCGAAGAUCGAACGAAGUCAAAGCCAGCAGUGGAUGAGGCUUGACCGUACCAUCAUCGAGGGACUCCAAGACAUAGUCUCUCUUCUCGAAGAACAGUUGAAGCCUCUUGUUCAAUCGGAAUUGUCAUUGCUGGUCGAUAUACUGUAUCGACCCGAGUUACUGUUUCCAGCUUCUACAGAGGCCAGGAAACGGUGCGAAAACGGCGGGUUUAUACGACGAUUAAUAAAACACACCGAAAAAUUACUCGAAGAGAAGGAAGAGAAACUUUGUGUCAAAGUCUUGCGGACGUUGCGUGAAAUGAUGGCUAUCGACACGGAGUACGGAGAGAAGGAGGAUGUGGAAAUUCCUGAAGGUCUUCUCCUUGUGGCCGAUACGGAAACGGAGUCCAACGUUGAAAACCAAUCCAAUGAUCAAUCCAACAACCGUCAUAUGACCCAGCAAGAGCGGGGUGAUAUGUUGAGGCAUAAUCUCCUGAUACGUUAUUUCGGCAAAACUUUUGUUCAAAAGCCAGAAACCGUUGAGAUCGGUGUCCCUUGCACAACAGCAGUCACCCACGGACCUGGAGCGAAAGUAUUACUUCGUGCUGGGAGAACUCUUCACGAAGUACAAAGCCAUUUGGAUAGAGAAGGGGCAUCCGAUUUGGUAGUGGAAUUGGUCAUCAAAAGCGUACAUUCACAGAGUAUUUUUGCAGAGGCUGUGGAAUUGGGGAUUGCUUUAUUGGAAGGUGGAAAUCCAAUUAUUCAAAAAAGCAUGUUCACAAAAUUGAUGGGUGGAGAUCUUAGUCAGGCCUUUUUCAAGGUUUUCUUCGACAAAAUGAAAGAAUCCCAACAGGAAAUCAAGUCUACUGUGACUGUGAACACUUCGGACAUCGCUGCGAAAGCCCACGAGGAUAAGGAACAGAGCAAGGAGAUGGAAAAGAUAUCAAGAAAACGUGGGAAACAAAAUGGUAUCGUACUGACGGACGAACAACGCGAAGAAUUGAAUCAGGCAGCAGCCUCUACAGAUCAGGCUUACGCGAGUGUUAGGAACUUGGCAUCGUCGGCCGACGAUGCUGUGCAAAAUUUGAUUCCUGGCUCUGUCGUGGAAGAUAUGCUUGAGAGGCACAAAAGCGGUAGCAGCAACAACGAGAGGGACGAGGGUCAACUUAGCGCCAAAGUAUUGGUGAUGCAACCUAUACUCAGGUUUCUUCAACUGCUCUGUGAAAAUCAUAACAGAGAACUGCAGAAUCUCCUUCGCCAUCAAAAUAACAAGACCAAUUACAACCUGGUAUCCGAGACUCUGAUGUUUCUCGACUGCAUAUGCGGUUCAACUACGGGUGGUCUUGGACUUCUUGGUCUGUACAUAAACGAGCAAAAUGUCGCUCUGAUAAAUCAGACCCUCGAAACUUUGACGGAAUAUUGUCAAGGGCCGUGUCACGACAAUCAGAACUGCAUAGCGACGCAUGAGUCGAAUGGUUUGGACAUAAUAACCGCGUUGAUUUUGAACGACAUUAAUCCUUUGGGAAAGACUCGGAUGGAUUUGGUUCUGGAGUUGAAAAAUAACGCUAGUAAAUUGCUGCUUGCUAUUAUGGAAAGCAGAGGAGACAGCGAGAAUGCCGAAAGAAUAUUGUAUAACAUGAAUCCGAGGCAGCUUGUUGACGUCGCUUGUAGGGCUUUUCAUCAGGAAUCCUUGGACGUUGAUGACGAUGCCGACGACUCGUCUACAGACGGGGAAGACGCUGUUUCUCCCAAAGAAGUUGGACACAACAUUUACAUACUUUGUCAUCAAUUGGCACAGCACAAUAAAGAAUUGUCGACUAUGUUGAAGCCCUCUGAGCACACUAAUGCCGAUCCAAAAACCAACAGGGCGCUGCAAUAUUACGCUACUCACACCGCUCAAAUUGAGAUCGUUAGACAAGACAGAACUUUAGAACAAAUAGUCUUCCCAAUACCAGAAAUUUGCGAGCUCAUAACCAUGGACACAAAACUGAGAGUAUUGAGCACCUCCGAACUUGAUGAUCAAGGUUCUAAAGUAUCGGAUUUUUUCGAAAGAACCGAAGAUAUGUUCAACGAAAUGAAAUGGCAAAAGAAACUCAGAGGACAACCAAUGCUUUUUUGGGUAAGCAGUUAUAUGUCGUUGUGGAGUAACAUACUGUUCAACUGUGCUGUCUUUAUCAAUGUAAUUGUGGCACUUUUUUAUCCAUUUGUCGACUCCGUACCUGAGCUGAGUGCACAUUUGUCGGGGCUCAUUUGGACGGUGAUGUUAUCCUUUGCGGUUAUCGUCGUUACUCUGCCAAGAGAGUCAGUAAUUUGGACAUUUGUUGCCGCGACGAUAUUUCGUUUAAUAUAUUCUGUAGGACCUGAGCCGACAUUAUGGUUGUUAGGAUUCUUAACUGUUCUUCUGAAAAUAAUACAUUUAAUAAGCAUAAUAGGAAAUCAAGGAACUCUCAGCAAGAGCAUAGACCAGAUAGUAACGAAUGGCGAGCUACUUUAUCAUUUGUCGUAUCUGAUUUUCUGUGUUCUUGGUAUCGCCAUGCAUCCCUUCUUCUUCUCAGUUUUGCUAUUUGAUGUUGUGUAUCGUGAAGAAACAUUGCUCAAUGUAAUCAAGUCGGUUACGCGAAACGGACGGUCUAUCAUUCUAACUGCAGUUCUAGCUUUGAUACUUGUUUACAUGUUCUCAAUCAUUGGCUACAUGUUUUUCAAGGACGACUUUUUGGUCAGCAUUGACGAAGAGAUUAUUUCUGCAUCUAACGAAGAUAUUUCUGGAACGUGCAAAUCAAAUGACACCAAAGACUGUGUAGCGACGGAAACAGUCUCUCGUUACACAGAAGAAGGAAAUAACGAAGUGUCUAGGAAGGUAGAAGUUGUUAAUGUAGGCGGAGAGGCAAAGGAACGAGCCUGUGAUUCUCUGUUGAUGUGCAUCGUGACGACUCUAAAUCAAGGUUUAAGGAAUGGCGGGGGUAUAGGAGAUAUAUUGAGAGCUCCGUCAAGCGCGGAAGCUUUAUUCGUUCCGAGAGUUGUGUACGAUCUUCUCUUCUUCUUCAUCGUAAUUAUUAUCGUACUGAAUUUAAUAUUUGGUGUGAUCAUCGAUACUUUUGCCGAUCUUAGAUCGGAGAAACAGCAAAAAGAACUGAUACUCAAAAGCACGUGCUUCAUUUGUGGAUUGAACAGAUCGGCCUUUGACAACAAGACCGUUUCAUUUGAGGAACACGUAAAGCACGAGCACAACAUGUGGCAUUACCUUUAUUUCAUAGUAUUGGUGAAAGUGAAAGACCCGACGGAGUUUACAGGUCCUGAAUCGUACGUGUACGCGAUGGUCAAGGAUCGUAAUCUUGAAUGGUUUCCACGACUGAGAGCCAAGUCUCUGGCCGCUGAUGAAGGGGAAGGUGAACAAGUAGAGCUCAGAAGUUUACAGUCUCAACUUGAGUCGACUCAACAUUUGGUCAAAUGUUUAUCUCAGCAACUAACUGAGCUUCGUGAUCAAAUGACCGAACAACGAAAGCAGAGGCAACGCCAGGGCUUGUUGAAUUCAUCUGCAAUAUUGCACAGCAUGCCCAUGUAAACGUCUGAGCAAUAUGUUUAAUAAAGACUGUGAAAUCGCGAUAACAUCAACAGAAGGAUGAAAUUGGAAGAAAAAAAAUACAGAAAAGUUGAAAGAAAAUUAUAUCAACCGAAUCGCGAACGGCUGGUAUAAACGGAAUUAAAAACGGUUUCUGUUCCUAAUCAGUGGAAGCAUUUCUUUACUAUUAUUACUUUCCGAUGGGUCGCUGGAACCUUAUUUUUAUUACCUGUUGCAUUUGAAAUUUAUAGAAUUUUAGCGUUGGCAUAAUCUCUAGAAGGAUCAUAAUUUCUUAUUACAUAAGUUCGUAGUAUACGAAUGCAUGAUACUCUUGCAGAAUUGCCUCUUGAUCGGAUAGUUUCCAAACUCAAAUAUGCCUGUAAAAAACGAUUUACAUAUUCGAAAACUACGAUAUUUUUAUU